AUGAUGCCUUCUGCAUAUAAAAGCAAAGGUAAAGGCCGUGAUGCGCGCCAGUCGCGCAGCCGCAAUACAACUCCAUCAACUGCGGGCGGCACGAACCUGGCCGCUACCCCUUCGGUCCCAAGUUAUCUGGAGAACGAUGUGACGAAGCUCAUUGAUCUGGCCAAUGAUCAAUAUCUUGAUUUGCUGGACCUUGUGGCCGGUCCGAAUAUCCCGGAUUCGAAAACCUUGGAGACCCUUGUAGACCACUUGAAGAGUCUUAGCGAUAUGGCGGAUGCUCGUGGCGAGACAUGCAAUGUGGGGAUGCGCGAGAUGUCCCAGAAACGGAAGGAGGUGAUGGACGAUCACGAGCUCAGUCGGGAAGUUGGAGAACGCGCAAAGCUGAAGCGCGAGACAGAAGAUGAUGAUGAUCAAGUACACAAAGGAAAGCUUAAGAAGCGCAAGGAGCGCUCAGGUGCUAAGGAAGAUCGACCUUUGAGCCAUGGAGCGCAUGAUGUAUCCCGACAGGAUGGUGCAGAGACAAAGGUUGAGGGAGCGGCUUCCCCAGCUUCCAAGAACGCAAAGAACGCCGCUUCGGACGGUAGCUCCUCCCUCUCGCCACCAUCGAUGCUCUCUCCCAGCGCCGCUGCCGGGGCUGAUGGCGCCGCAGGGCCUGGGUCCCCCGGCUCAGACUCUAGCGAGGAUUCUCACCAGCCUGAGCCCCAGCCAGCUUUUCCUCAGAUCCAAGUUUUCGGCGACAAUCCUCUUAAAUUCGACGACCCUACCGUUUACCACAUACGCGACGUUACUCCAGACAUGCCCGACGAAGAGAAACAGGAAAUUUACAGCGUUGCCCGAUUUCCGAGGAGUGACCUCGCUCACAUGAUGGCCGGGGUGCCGCCGGACAAAGACUUCAGCAACGCUAAGCCCUCUAAUCAGGUCAGCGCCAAUACGUUCCAGGCCUAUAUUGAGCCAUACGUGCGGCCUCUGACGGAGGAGGACAUUGCUUGGCUGAAAGAGAGAGGCGACCGCGCGAGUCCAUUCAUCAUUCCCCGUCGUGGAAAGAAAAGCUAUCGCCAAAUUUGGGCCGAGGAAGAUGGACUCCCUUAUGAUCCAAGCCAGGAAGAAAAGGACCAGCUUCCUCUGAACCAGGGUCGUGGAACCAUUGAACAACUCACCGACGAGAAGACUGAGACUAACGACAUUUCAAUCGGACCCUUACUCAGUCGUUUGGUCUCUCUUCUGCGUUAUGAGCACCGCACACUUCCGGAGGACAGCGCCAAUUCCACCAACGGUGACGCGCCAGCUACCGGUGGUUUGGGUGGAGACGCAAUGGACCUCGACCAGCCAAGCGGAGAGCUGGACACCAAACCUGAGAAUAAGCCAUUGCCACCUGCCACGGCUUUCCGCGACGCGUCCCCAACCGGUUUCAAGACCUCCGUUGCCAAGCUUGAUCACGCGCAGCUCGAUGAGCGUGCCAAGGCCGAGCUGCGAUAUAUCGGCUUUCUGGGAGCCGACGAUAACCCCGACUACGAUGCACACUACGAUGACGAAGUCGCCGAGCGCCUGCGCCUUCUCCAGAGCGAACUCAAGAAACAAAUUAUUGUCAACAACGCGCGUAAGGCGCGUAUUCUGAAGAUCGCCCAGGAGCACAUGGCCCUCCUUGAAUUCACCACCAUCCAGGAUGAUCUUGACACUCAGGUCCAGCAGGCCUAUCUGAAACGCACUCGCACCAUGGGUAAAAGCAAGAAAGGCUCGCAGGCUAAGCACCGCCCAGGUGGUGCGGGAGGCGGUAGCCACGUUGCUAGCGCAGGCGUUUCUCGCCCUGCUGUCGGAGACGCUGCCAAGAUUGUCAUGGACCGCCGCAAGCGCUGGAACGAUGCUUUCCUGCCUAUUUUUGAGGAUAUUAAGACCACCAUCCCAUCCGAGGGCGAGACUAUCUUCGAUGCAGCCACAAUGGGAGAAUACGAGAAGGCUGAGCUGGAGGCUUGGGAUGAGGAGUAA